AUGUUCACUACUUCGACUUCAAGAAAACCGCAGCUGAAGCGCAACGCUUAUUAUCCGAAGUGUACGGUGAUGAAACUUCAUCAGAAAGAACAUGUAGAGUUUGGUUUGAACGCUUCUGAAACGGUAAUUUUGAUGUUUUUGUUCAAGAUGGAGAUGAUACUAGAAUUACCUAAACAAGUACAAAAAUUCUUACUUAAGAAAGAGCAGGAAUAUGGCCAAUUAAAAUUUAUUUUAUCUCGGGCCACAGAAGAGACUUCGCAUUUCAUUGACGAAUUGUUAGAAGCCUUAUUAGAUAUUGUUAAACAAUUCAAUAUAUACAAUAUUAAAAUAUUCUAUGAGAAUGACAGUUCUAAACCAUGUAUCAAUAUUUCACCAGCCGUUAUUGGCUGUUACAACCAUUUUUUGUUGAACACUAAUUUUUAUUCACAAUCCUUUCUCGCAGAGGACUUGAUGCUUGGCCAUAUAGUCCAUUCUUGGCCUACUUUAUCGCCAUAUCUCUUUAUCCAGAUGAUGUGGCGCAUGAAAUGCGAGGACUUAUUGAUUGAAUCACUUAUGCAUUUACCAUUGGAUCUAUGCGUGGAUAUUCUGGAGAUAACUAUCAGAUGUAUAAACGACCUGGAAAUUGUACGAGCUAAACGCUUUGUUUUCCUUCUGAUAUCCAAAUUGUAUUACAGAUGUCUAUGGCUGCACUUUGGCGUGCUGUCAAAAUAUAAUGUGACAGAGAUCGUCUCUCAAUUAGUAGCGCAUUUUCAAACAUUGCUUGAUAUUGUUGGCUCCAAAUUUGUUACCCUCAAGUCACCUAACCAGGAAAAAUAUGUGCAACAUGGUAUUCUUCUAAAAGACGUACUUCGUUAUAUCAGAAUGUGCAUGUGCUACAAGACUAAAAAUUUUCCGAUCAAACAUGAUCGGUUGAAAUUGUUCGAGAUCACAUAUGGUAAUACCGAUGGCCGUACGGAUUAUUUUUGGAAACUUCCUAUCGACAAGGUAAAGUCUAUUAUAGCAACACUGGAUCAGGAAUUGAUUGCUCUUCUUCUAAAUCAAAUCAAGCAAGUUGAUUGUUUGGAGUUUAUGAACUGGGCGGAAGUCGAUGAUAAUGAAAACAUCACAAUUUCACUACAGCGCGCUAUUAUUAUCGAGUGUCACUACUUUAUAGAAUUUACAAAGCAGAAUGAAUUUUUGUCGACGAAUGAUCAUCUGCUCCAUUGUCUAGAGCAACUUGUAGGUCCGAAGAAACCUGAAGAGCCUACUUUAACUCUUGAAGAACUCUGUCAUAGCAUUGAGAAUGGCAAAUUGGAUGAUAUGAAAGAAUUGAUGAAAUAUUAUAAGAAAUGGAAUCUGUCUGUAUUGCAAUUUAUAAGCAGAAAAACAGAGUUAUUAAAUGUGCAAGACGUUAGUACUCUACUUGAAUAUCUUCAUUAUAUAUUCGAAAAUAUGAACGAUUAUGAAGAGAAAUAUCAAGCCUAUAUAAUAGUAUUGAAGAUAUUGACACAGCAACAACUGUCGGAUAUGUAUCAUAUCAUAUUACUAUACAUAUUUCAACACUUUUAUGACAAUCGUUUAACACUUUUGUUCAAUAAUGAACAUUUUAAAACAUAUAUAGAAAGCAACUUAAACGUAUGCGAACUUCAGGAAUUUCGUAUAAUUUUGAUCUUUGUUAUGUUGAAUCCGAAGAAAGUGUUAACUACUCUGGUGAGAAUCGCAAUAGGCAGUACUGAGAUAGAAUACCAAAAUGUUAUGUAUAAAAAACAGCAAACAUAUUUUCUAUAUGGGUUUUUCAUUGUGAAAUUAGAUGAUCAAGAUAACUUGCUGACAUAUAUUUUGAAAAAUAUUUGGCAACAUGAUCACUCUACGUGGUGUUACAAGCAAUUUACAACGUUUAUAAAUGAUGUACUUCAAAAAGAGGCAAUCACUCCGGAUGAUCUGUUAAACAACGUUUAUAUUCCCUGCCUGAUCUGUGAUACUUUCAAUUGUUCGAAUCUGCUUUCUAUAUUGAUACAUAUGUACUCCAUUCUAAAGAAAAAAAUCUGCACGCACAGAACAAAUUAUGUGUUGCUAAUCGUAGAAUUAAUCAAGAAGAUGUCACUAUUAAGAAAAUGCAAUCUAGUGCAUUUAAGAAGCAUCGUAAACAAUUUAUUGGACCGUGGAACAAUGAUUUUAAAUCUUUUAUUUGCCCGGUCGAAUCUGUUGACGUUGAAAAAUCAGAGCGAAAUCAUGAAAAAAGUUAAUAACAUUGUGGAACCGAUCGAUCAAAUAUUAUUGGCUCCUUUGUUACAAAAAAUUCUACGCGGUACUGUGCAGGACGUAAUCCAGAACUAUAAAAGACGUUGCUUCACCACAUAUCAACUAAUAUACACGAAUUCGCAACGUGAAUCCAACUUGCGCGACUCCUUCCAAAUUGAUCAGAAAGCCUUAUUACGUCACAUGAUGCUGCAUGCCACUGAAGAAGAGUACAAGAACUUUGCUAUCGAGAUGACAAUAGUAUCCUGGUCUUACUUUGGUUGGGCCAACGAAUUAGAAGCAUAUGAGAAUGUAUUGCACAUUACUGCCGAGGCGAUGCAGCUUACCUUAGUCUUUACAGAUACCUUUCCUAAAGACUCAUUUGUUUCGCUUUUACGUGCCCUCGUUCACUAUUGUGACACACUCUUAUUCCUCAAGCACCAACAGAUAUAUAAGAAUCAGGAAAUAAUCUUCAAUACCCUAUCAAGAACUCUAUUCUCCUUGAAGAGUAUAGUCAACGAGACACAAUACUGUAAUAUAUAUAAUAAUUUGCUCGAGCAGAUCAGCAACAUGUGCGUCGAUGCAAAUUCCAGGAUUAGAGAUUAUUUUCGCAAAAUCAGCGAAUUAAUCGAAGUAUACUUUGUACGAUCUGAAAAAAUCAAUGAGAGUUUGAACAAUUUAGAAGGUGCCAGUUCGUUGCAUUUCGUGUCUACUGCAAAUGACAUGUUCAAGGCGUACCAAUUCGUAUGUAAUUGUAUUGACGAUACAGUGCACAGAUACUUCAUAAGUCGAGUCAUAAACGAUCAUCGAGCAAAUAUAUAAUUUUAUACAAAAAAGAAUUUUUUUCUCAAUGUUAUAAAGUACAUCUUAUUUGUGAGA